UUUACUUUCUUUUGUGCGCUAUUUUUUUCCCCAAAUUUCAAAACCCUUAUUUCUCAAUCCUCAGAGCUACACUAUUUUUCCCCAAUUUUCAAAACCCUUAUUUCUCAAAGAAUCCAAAAAAAUCAAUAGUGUGAACACCGCAUUAUUGUCUCAAGUUCUCAACUCAUCUCCGUUCUCAAUACUCAUUCUCAAAUAGAUCUCUAAACAUCAACAUUUCUCCAUUUGAAAGUUAAUUAUUUGGAAUAGUAUUGUCAGGCUGCUACUUGAGUAUUACAGGUCUUACAUAGGAAAAAUUCAACUUUUCUCCCUCAAAAUUCAAGAAAAGUUGUAAAUCUGCACUCCUUUGAUUAUUCUUGCUGCAAAAGCUUUAUCUUUUGAGUGUGUUAAGUAUUAUUUUCCACCCUUCGAAUGUCCCUGGUGCAAACUCAUCAAAAGAACAACACCUCGCAGAUGAAGGCGAAUAAAGCCAAAUCUAUUCCUCAAACUAAAAUGUUAACAGAUUAUGAAAGAUAAAGACUACAACAGUUGAAGAGAAAUGCAGAGUUGAUGGUAGCUCAAGGAAAAGGAAGUUUGGCAACCCAAAUAUAUGAUAAAUCUCAAGCAUUUGUAAAUGCCUGUGAAGUGGUCAACACAUGGGAAGACCAUGAAGUGUUUUCAGAUGAAGAGGGUGAUGGUGAAUACAUACCCGAAUAUGAGGGUAACGAGGAUGAAAUUUAUGCCGUGAACAAGAAAAGAAACACCAAGGACUCCAUGACUAAGUCGGGUUCUAUGGCUAACUUCAUCAAGAAUACUUCAGAACAUCUUGCAAAAAAGCAACAUACACAACUUCCAGGAAAGAUAAAUGCAUCCAAGGUUUCAGUAUCCAAGUUGGGUUCUAUGGCUGCAUUUACUAAGCAAAUGUCAGAGCAUCUUAUAGAAAAACAACCAGAAAAUCAACUUGUAGAGAUGGACAUUGCUGAAAAUGAUCAAUGUGUCGAAAAGAACCAAUGUAUUGAACCAUUUGGAAAUAGUUUACAAAAAGUUGUUGAUCGUAAAAAUUUGAAUUCAAUGAGAAAAAAUCAACAAAGAAGUGAACAAAAUGGAAAUAACCAACUUGGAAAACAUCCUUCCAAAUCACAACAGAAGCAACAACAAAAGGCCUUUUGUCGUCCAGGGUCAUUGUCUGCAUUUCGUGAGCUUCGGAAAAAACAAUCAGGAUGUGUACUUCCCGAUAGUCAAAUGGAAAAUCCAUCAACCCAUGAAGGUGAAUAUGAUUGCCUGCUUACAUCAAUUAAUGAGAAUGAAGCAAUUGAAAAUGAACCACAACUUAGAGACCAAGAAAAUGUGGUUAUGAAUAGAAGGGUUGAAAUUGGACAUGAAUUGCAAUCUCAACCAGUAGUAGAAAGCCCAGAAAAAGCUCCCACAAUCAAGAAGCAUUGAGGGCCGACAAAAUUGAUCAAGGUCCAUGCUCGUACAAGAGAGGAACGACCUUACCUUAUUCUCAAUCGAAUUGGGCAGCCAAUUGGACCCACUUCUGAAAUUGUCAAAGAAUUUUCUCAAUUUUUGGGAACAGUGGCUAAAAAUUCAGAGCUAGCCCCACUGAAUUAUGUCAACUGGAAAAGUCUUCCCACACAUGAUAAAAUAUGGGACUAUGUGCAGGAGAAAUACUUGGUGCCUGAGGAAGGAAAAAAGUGGGUAAUGGAGGCUGUUAACUACGCUUGGCGUAUCUAUAAAUGUAGGACAAAACAAAAGUACUUUUAUGCAUUUGCAACUAAUGAAAAAAGAAGGGCAGAGCGUCCAAAAACAUUGCUAGAAACAUAUUUUGAAGACCUUUUAAACUACUGGAAUUUGCCAAAAGUUCAGGAGGAAAGUGAGACCAACAAAAGAAAUCGUGAAAAGCUUGAUGACAUUCACACUAUGGGUCCAAAUUCGUAUGCAAUAUUACGUCAUAAAUUGCAACAAGAGGACCCAAAUAAGAAAGAACCCUCCUAAGCAAGAGUUUAUAAAGAAUCAAGGAAAAGAAAUCCUAAGAGGACAUACAAGACAAGCUUUGGGAAAACGAAAGAUAAUAUUGAACAAAUGGAUGCACUAGAAUCUGAUCAAGAACAUGAAGAAGAUCCCAACACUACGGAUCCCUAUUAUAAAGUGA